GCCGCCAUGGCGUCGCCCCCGCUGUCGGCGGCGGGCGGGAGCGGUGGCGAGCUCAGCUCGGGCUCCGAGGCGGCGGCCACGGGCGCGGCGCUGCCGGACCGGGACCUGCCCGCGCUCUUCGAGCAGGCGGCCGAGCGGCUCCCCUCGCUGCUGCCCGCUGCCAGCAAGGAGCAGCUGCUCUAUCUGUACGCCCGCUACAAGCAGGUGAAACUUGGAGCCUGUAACACCCCCAAGCCAGGCUUCUUUGACUUUGAGGGAAAGCAGAAAUGGGAGGCUUGGAAAGCCCUGGGAGAUACCAGCCCUCACCAAGCUAUGCAGGAGUACAUUGCUGCCGUGAAAAAACUCGACCCCAGCUGGAAUCCACAGACACCAGAGAAGAGGGGAAAGGAAAGCAAAACUGUAUUUGGAGGCCCAGUCAUCAGCUCAUUAUAUCAAGAAGAAGAAAUAAUCAGGGAAGAGGACAAGAACAUUUUUGAUUACUGCAGAGAAAACAACAUUGACUAUGUAACCAAAGCCAUUCAAUCAAAAAAAGUGGAUGUGAAUGUCACAGAUGAGGAGGGCCGGGCUCUGCUCCACUGGGCGUGUGACAGAGGACACAAGGAGCUGGUUUCAGUUCUGUUACAGAACGCUGCUGAUGUGAACAUCCAGGAUGGGGAAGGCCAGACUGCACUCCAUUAUGCUGCCACCUGCGAGUUCCUGGACAUCGUGGAGCUGCUGCUGCAGGCGGGAGCCGACCCGGGGCUGCGGGACCAGGAGGGCUGCCUGCCCGAGGAGGUGACGGACUCCAAAGCCAUCACCCGGGCUCUGCAGCAGCACGGCCCCGGCCAGCCCUGAGCCCCGCGGCACAGAGAUGCUCUGCAAUAAACACCCCUUGCCCCCCUCCCUGCUGCCCUCCCCAAACACCUCGGGGGUUCCAGGGGACCUUUCAAAGCACAGGGUCUGGCUGGGCUCUCCAGCACGAGGGCCGAGCGCAUGCCCUGAGCAGGGUGGCAUCAGAGCUUGGCGUGCUCUGACCUUCAUCAGUAUUUGAGGGGGGAGGGAGGGGGGAGAGGGCCUGCAGGAGGCCCCAAGUGUUAUUUUAAUGUAUCAAACACGAGUACUGUAUGGGCUGUCUCACCAGAGCAGCGUGGGCUGACCUGUCGGCUCCUCCAUGGGGAUGCAGGGCCAGGUGAGAUGCUCAUCUCUCCCGUUCAGGCUGAAUUUUGGGUUGUUUUAUUUUUUUUUUCCCUGGGUCCAAACAAAUAAUAUAAAUAAAAGCACAGUGUUGGGAUCAA